UCCCGGCUGCUCCAUCUCCGGGUGCUCCGCUCCCCCUGCGCUCCUCAUCUUCUCCCUCGGGCGCGCAUCUCCUCCCGGUCCUUGCGUUCCUUCUGGGUCUCCUCCAGCUCCCCCCGGGUGCUUUGUCUCCGGGUUUCCCGUGGUUCCCUCUGGGUGUGCGAUUCCUCCAGGUGCCCUGGGUCUGUCUGGGUCUCCGCAGUUUCCGUUUGACCCAGCGUCUCCUUUCAGGUCCUUGGGGCAGCUCUGGGUACCCCUCCGUCCUCCGUGACACCACCGGGGUCUCUCGAGAUCCGGAGAUAUCCCCAGGUCGCUCCCGGGCUGAGAUGUCCUUGCAGAGCUACUCGUGCCCCCUGAGCUGCUGGUGCCCGGCGCUGAGCCAUCAGCCGGGAGCACAGCGUGAGCUAGGGACAGCCAGGAGCCACGGCCCCUACAUGGCUUUGGGGAUUCCGUGGGGGCACAGCCACCCCACUGGGCUCUGAGAGAUUAGAGCAGAGCCUGCGUUAUCUAACCAGGGCUGAGCUCUGCUGGGUUUAAAAAUGGGAGCUCAUCCGUGUCUCAGAAUAGCCGCACAGUGCUGGCAGCCCGGCCGGGGGCUGCAGAUGGUUCUGGCCUUACUGCCUGUGAGCACGCAGUGUGAGGUUAGUGAGAUGGGAAGCACGGGGGCACGUGGUGCCGGUCACGUUGGGUCUCCAUGUGUGACCCUCGAUGAGGAAGGCUGGGCUCUGCAGACCCCAAGUGGGGGCAUCAUACUGGGGACCCCCUGGUCCUGUUCCCACUGGGGAACAGCAGCGCUGCUGCCUUCAACCUGCAUUUGGGAAACUGGCGGCAGGAUACAGCCGUCUGUCUUUCAUGCCAUGCUUUUUGCCUCCUGCAGAUGUUUGCCCAAGCUCCUCCUCUUCCUCUCCUUGCGGCACUCUCAGCUGUACAGAUGGGGAAACCGAGGCACGGCACAGUGCAGAAGUUUGCUGGUGUGGUGAAUCAGUGGCAGAGCUGAGAUUUGGGUGCCCGGAGCUCAGGCUGUGCCACCCAUCCAUGCUGAGUGGUGCCUGCGGUGCCCAGCCAGCCCCGCACCCUCAGCCCGUGCCCGCAGCCAGGCAGCUGUCCCACCUCAUGAUGAGCGGCUGCAGAGCGCUUUUCUGGAUUAUAAAUAAUGUGUUUUGAAAACUCAGAAACAUCUCAGCCAUUGCCAUGAGCUUUAAUCUGAUCCCAAGCAGGGGGCUUGCAGCCUCCCCAUGCACGUGGGAAAUGGAGCUGGCUGUGGUCCAUCUGUGCCCUUGCGUGUGCUGGGUCUGUCUGUCCUGUCUGUGUGUCUGUCCUGUCAGCAGAUACCGGACCUUCUGGUACCUCUGCUCCCACAGCAGGGCUGUAGGGUGGUAGGAGGCAGCGUGAUUUUUUGGAGAGCAUUUCUGGGCAGUGCCUCCCUGACUGGGGAGCGGGUGAAUGCGGUGUCUCCACAGCCCAUGGAGAUCCGUUUGCAGGAUCUCUGCUCCUCCCGUGCUGCUGCAGCUGUGCUCCUGCCAGCUGGGGGAGGUCAGCGAUCAGGUUUGUCACUCUUCAGCAAUGUGGAAAAUGUCCCUGGCCUCUCCGGUGUCACGGUGUGGGGCUGAGAGGGCACAUUGCUGGGAGCUGCUGCCUCCAUGUCUGUGGGUCCUGCACCCACAUGCCUUGUCCCACUGACCACAUUGCCUCCUGUUCUGGGUUUCUGUGGCUGCAGGGAUUUUUGGGAUGUUUCAGCUGAGGAGGGGAUCCAUGCUUGACCCUGGAGCGAGUCCCACCUCUCCCGUUUCUCUGUCCAAAUUUCAUAACAAAGCUCACCUCCAAAUUUAAAAUUUGGCCAUGAGGACUCAGUCUUCUCCAUUGCCUGGAGCUGUCAUAAUUUCUCCAUGUUUUAGGAGGAAGCCAAAGCCUGAGAACGCCAUCACCAUCGCAGUGUCCUCACGGGCACUUUUCCGCAUGGAGGAGGAGCAGAAGAUUUACAAUGAGCAGGGGGUGGAGGCCUACGUGAAAUACCAGCUGGACCAUGAGAAUGAGCCCUUCCUGCCCGGCGCCGCCUUCCCCUUCGUCAAGGCGCUGGAAGCGGUGAACACGCAGCUUCGGGAGCUCUAUCCUGACAGCGAGGAGCUCUUUGACAUCGUCCUGAUGACCAACAACCAUGCCCAGGUUGGGGUUCGCCUGAUCAACAGCAUCAACCACUAUGAUCUAUUCAUUGAGAGAUUCUGCAUGACGGGGGGGAACAGCCCCAUUGGUUACCUCAAGGCUUACCACACCAACCUCUACCUCUCCUCCGAUGCCGAGAAAGUGAGUGGGGCCAUUGAAGAGGGGAUCGCCGCAGCCACCAUCUUCAGCCCCAGCAAGGACCUGGAGGUGUCAGAGAAGCAGCUGCGUGUGGCGUUCGAUGGCGAUGCUGUGCUCUUCUCAGACGAGUCGGAGCAGAUCGUGAAGGCUCACGGCCUGGACAUGUUCUUCGAGCACGAAAAGGCUCACGAGAACAAUCCUCUGGCACAGGGACCCCUGAAGGGCUUCCUGGAGGCCCUGGGAAAGCUACAGAAGAAGUUCUACUCCAAAGGGCUGAGGAUGGAGUGCCCCAUCCGCACCUACCUGGUCACAGCCCGCAGCGCUGCCAGCUCGGGCGCCCGGGCCCUAAAGACUCUGCGCAGUUGGGGUCUGGAGACGGACGAGGCGCUGUUCCUGGCUGGCGCUCCCAAAGGCCCUCUGCUGAAGAAGAUCCGUCCCCACAUCUUCUUUGACGAUCAGAUGUUCCACGUGGAGGGAGCCAAGGAGAUGGGCACCAUCGCUGCCCACGUCCCCUACGGCGUCGCACAGAAGCACAAGCGGCCGCUGCAGGAGAAGCAGCCCCAGAACAGCAAAUAGGGCCCGGCGUGGAGCUGUGAGAGGAGGAGGAGGAGGAGGAGGAGGAUGCCGAAGGCUUCCUGUCUCCUCAGUGUUUUGUGGUGUCGUGAUGCUGUCCCCUUCGUCAUGGCACCACUGCCCCAUUGGGUUGGUGUCACCCAUCAGCUGUUCAAAAGUCCCGGGCGAUUCCCAGAGCCUUCGGUUCAAAGAGCGAAUGUUGAGGCUGAGCGGUUGGACUGGAGAGGGGUGAGCACAAAAAGCCCCUCCCGAAGCUUUCAACAAAAUACUAAAGCAAAACCCUUUCCUGUCAUAGAAACGUGGAAUCUUUGGUUGAAGACCUCUGAGAUCACCCAGUCUAUCCUCAGCUGCUGCCCGCUGAACCAAAUACCAAAUCUCAUCUUUCCUUCAACACCUCCAGGGCUGGUGACCCCACCAGUGUUCCUGUUUCGUAUUUGGAAAUAUACAAACAAAUACUUACAUUAAGAAAAAUAUAUAGGAAUCCCAUUUUCUGCUUUUGGAGUUUUGGGCCAUUGGCCCAAAAUUUGGGUUCCAUGGUUGCACCCACAGUAAGGCAGCCAACGGCCAGCUCUGGUGUGUGCUUUCCUGGAUCUGCAGACACAUCCCUGGGGCUUAAAUUAAAGUAAAAGCAGCCCUAAAAUAUUAGGAACACCAUUCGGAGUCCAUUUAUUCAAAUCUGCAGAGAAUUUCAGCCUCGGGGACUUAAUUAAAGGAUUUUUUCUCCUCUCUGAUCUGAGCCCAUAGGGGUGGAUAAUCUUUUUCUCGUCAGCUUCUUAAAGCUCUGGUGUUCCCAAAAUAGAUCCUGGGAGAAAGAGCCGCCUCUGUGAUCAGGGGGCAGGAAGGGGAAUCAAUGGCUGUGCUGCUCUGCGGGCUGUGAGCGUCACAUCGACGUCCCCAUGGAAAGCCCCCUCAUGGGGACGUGGCAAAUGUGAACGUUACUUUUGCACGCUUCUCUCCUUUUUGUUUGCUUGUUCUGAAAUCAGAGCAUGCACCAUGGGGCAUGGAGGGCACUCAGCAUGAGUUCUUUGCAGUGACUUCCAGCUUUUCAGCACCUCCCUGGGAUGAGGCUCUCCCUGUAUGUGCCUGUUUCGCUUUGCAGGAUGGCUCCAGCUGACCUGGUGGUGGUUGUGGCCCUUUUGACCGACCCCCAGUGCCCUCAUCGGCUCCGCAGGCUCCUGUUGCACUGAAUCCUGCUUUGGCAGUGAAAAGCUAAUUGCACUUUUUCCUCCUCCCUGAACGCUUUCAUUUUGACAGACUGUUACCUGUGACACCUGGGUGACCGAGGUCUGCGAUCCUGACAAAAAGAACUGGAAAGAACUGUAUUAGUCUUCGUGUCUAUCAAAAAAUCCCGUCUUCAUGUGAACCACGGAUGUUGGGCUCUGAGCGGCGUCUCUCAGCCCUUCUUAUCUUCCAGUGAACAUUUCCCAGGUGUUUCCUGAACAUCCCAUCUUGGAAGCCCAGCUGCAGCAUGGAAGGGGGUGGGGGAAUGGUAUUGCCAGAGAGUGUGUGGGAGGAAGGUGGGGUGAAGAUGGGAUGCAACGGGAUGGGAUGCAACGGGAUGGGAUGCAACGGGAUGGGCCAUGGGCGACUGUACAGCUGCUAAAGGUAAAUGGGGUGUUCGCCCAGGCGAGGUGUGGGAAGUGACUCCAGCACAGUUUGUGUCUCCAGCCACAAUGGGCACCGCCAUGGCCUUCGUGCUGUGUUGGCCAACAAAUGGACUUCACUGCUGCAUCUCCCAUCGGUUUUGCUUUGCUGCUCUCCCGUGGUUUUUCUUGUGAGUGAGCUGCCACGGCAACAAAACCCCUUUGGGUGGUGUUCUGUAAUAAAUGGUGUUGGUCGCAGCCUGA